AUGGCGGCUGUGUUGCUGUCUCUCUCAGGAAAUAUUUCAUCUCCUGCAGCAACAAUGACUUCAGUUCGGGCUUUGAGAGAGUUUAUCAACCAGCGACUAACUGCUGCUGCUGGAGAAAUAUUCACCGUGUUUCAACAAACUAUCGUCCAGUUCGAGGAGGAGAUUUAUCGACAGAGAAAACUUCUGGAAGUCAACUGGAAAUCUCAAAUCAACAUCUACAGAACAGAGAGUCCACAGCAACACAACGGUAACCAGCAGACGGGCUCCAACCACUCUGUGAGAGACUUGACCACCCAGAGGCUAACUGCUGCUGCUGAGGAAAUAUUCACCCUGUUUCAACAAACUGUGGUUCAGUACGAGGAGCAGAUUGGUCUUCAACGCAAAAUGCUGGAAAUCAACUGGAAUCCUCAAAUCAAGUUACACAGAACAGAGCUCCAACAGGACCAUGACUGCAGAGAGGAGCGGCUCUUUAAACAGGAAGCAAACUACUGUCUAGAACAGGAUGAACCAGAACCUCCACAGAUAAAAGAAGAAGAACCAGAACCUCUGCACAUCAAAGAAGAAGAACCAGAACCUUCACACAUCAAACAAGAAGAACCAGAACCAUCACAGAUCAAAGAAGAAGAACAACAACCAGAACCUCCACAGAUCAAAGAAGAAAAAGAAGAACCAGGACUUUGUCAGUUUAAGGAGGAGCAGGAGGAACCAGAAUCUUCACAGAUGGAGGAACACAAGGAACUCAGUUCCAGCCAGAAGGGAGAACCAUUUAUUGUGAAGUUUGAAAGUGAAACCUUUAAGGUUCCUUCUGUUGAGGAUCAGCGUGACCUGAGUGAAGCAGAAGUACCAGAGACUGAGCAGUUCCUCUCUCAGGACUCUGAAGUCCACCAUGUGAAAAGAGACAUUGACUCAGAAUCAACUGGAAAUGCAAAGCUGAAAAAACUCAACAUGUUUCAUAGAAACAGUGUGAACAACUUUCAUGUUUCAGAGAAGCAGGCUGAAUGUGAAGAAAUGUGUGAGAAAACUGAUCAUAAAAAACAUCAGUUAUGUCAGAAGGUCAGAACGGUCUCUGAUGAGAAGAUACUUUGCGAAACAUGUGGCAAAAGUUUCACUCAGCAGAGUCAUUUGUUGGUCCACAAGAGAACUCACACAGGUGAGAAGCCUCAUUCUUGUGAAACCUGUGGCAAAAGUUUCAGUCAACGGUGUCAUUUGUUGAUCCACAUGGGAACUCACACAGGUGAGAAGCAUCAUUCUUGUGAAACAUGUGGCAAAAGUUUCAGUCGACAGAGUCAUUUGCUGAACCACAGGAAAACUCACACAGGUGAGAAGCCAUAUUCUUGUGAAACGUGUGACAAAAGGUUCAGUAAACGCAGACAUUUGUUGGUCCACAGGAGAAUUCACACAGAUGAGAAGCCAUAUUCUUGUGAAACAUGUGGCAAAAGUUUCAAUCAACAGGGUUAUUUGAAGGUCCACAUGAGAUUUCACACAGGUGAGAAGCCUCAUUCUUGUGAAACAUGUGGCAAAAGUUUCAGUCAACAGAGUGAUUUGAAGGUCCACAUGAGAAUUCAUACAGGUGAGAAGCCUCAUUCUUGUGAAAAAUGUGGCAAAAGUUUCAGGCAACGGAGUACUUUGUUUGUCCACAUGGGAACUCACACAGGUGAGACGCCUCAUUCAUGUGGAACAUGUGGCAAAGGUUUCAAUCGACAGAGCCGUUUGAAGGCUCACAAGAGAACUCACAGAGCUGAGAAGCCUCAUUCUUGUGAAACAUGUGGCAAAAGUUUCAAUCAACAGAGUUAUUUGAAGGUUCACAUGAGAAUUCAUACAGGUGAGAAGCCUCAUUCUUGUGAAACGUGUAGCAAAAGUUUCAGUCAGCGGAGUCAUUUGUUGCGACACAUGACAAUUCACACGGGUGAGAAGCCUCAUUCUUGUGAAAUAUGUGGCAAAAGUUUCAAUCGACAGUGUUAUUUGAAGGUUCACAUAAGAAUUCAUACAGAUUAGAAUCCUCAUUAUUCUGAAACUUGUGGGAAAAGUUUCAGUCAACAUAGUGAUUUGUUAGACCACAUGGGAACUCACACAGGUGAGAAGCCCCAUUCUUGUGAAAUAUGUGGCAAAAGAUUUAUUUAUUGUAAUUCAUUGCUGCACCACCAGAAAAGUAGGUGAAAUCUUGAAAGACUGUGACAGAUAUUCAGGAAGUCCAGCUUGAACCCAAAAUCACAAGAAAUCGUCCAGUUUGAAGGAAACGUUACUGAUUCAGACACUGUUAAAAAUUGUGCUUCAGGAAAAUUUCAGUUUGUGGUCUGUCAAAGUAAAUGUGAAUCUUCAAGAAAUGGAAAUAAA